CUGGUCGUCCUGGAGGAUGGCUCCGAAAGGGAGCUCUACUCCAUGUUCUGGAGUGACCUUGAAGGUUCGUCCUUGCGUGGCAAUUGGGGAUGCGAUUCGUGCUCAUACUGGAUAUUUAGCUCGUGGAUACGACCUGGUCUUUGAAUCGCCCAAGAGCGACAAGCUCUCUCUCUUCGACCUCGGAGAGAAGGCCUACGACCACCUUCUCAUUCUUCCCCCCAGGUCCAAAGGAUUCGGACCUGCCCUGAGCCCCAAGAACAUUGUCAACUUCAUCAACCAGGACGGCAACGUCCUUCUCGCCCUCUCCGGCAAGUCCACCACCCCCAGCGCCAUCAGCUCGCUGCUCCUGGAACUCGACCUACACCUUGCCACCGACCGGUCCUCCGUUGUUCUCGACCACUUCAACUACGACACCCUGUCGGCAUCUGAAAAGCACGAUGUUCUGCUUCUCCAGCGCCCCGGUCAAUUGAGACCUGAUACCAAGGAUUUCUUCGGCGGGGAAGGCGUUUUGGCUCUCCCCCGGACCGCUCCCCACACUCUGGGUGACACGGCUCUCCUGACGCCUAUCCUACGCGCCCCGGUGACUGCCUACAGCUACAACCCGAAGGAGGACUUGUCUGCGGAUGACGAUGUUUGGGCCACCGGCUCUCAGCUGGCUCUCGUCUCAGCCAUGCAGUCCCGAAGCUCUUCUCGCUUCACCCUGCUGGGCUCUGCGGAGAGUCUCCAGGACCAGUGGUUCUCUGCGACCGUCAAGGUGCCCGGAAGUGAACAGGAGACGGGCACCGCCAACCAGGAGUUUGCCAAGCAGCUGACUGCCUGGACGUUCAAGGAGACUGGAGUUCUGAAGGUUGGAAAGAUCGAGCACCACCUGGCCCAGGCCGACAUUACCGCCGAGGACUUGAACCCCGCGAUCUACCGCAUCAAGAAUGAGACUGUUUUCAGCAUCGAGAUCUCCGAGUACAGCAAUGACAAGUUCGUGCCCUUUGAGGUCCCCGCCAACGACGCCCUGCAGCUCGAAUUCUCCAUGCUCUCCCCCUUCCAGCGUUUGAAGCUGGAGCCUUCCUCCCGCACCGAGAACAGCACCAUCUACACCACGCAAUUUACCGUUCCCGACCAGCACGGUAUCUUCUCCUUCCGGGUCAACUACAAGCGCCCGUUCCUCACCAACAUCGAGGAAAAGCACGAGGUGACCGUCCGUCACUUCGCCCACGACGAGUACCCCCGCAGCUGGAAGAUCAGCGGAGGAUGGGUCUGGAUCGCUGGCCUGUGGUCUGUGAUCGGCGGCUUUCUGGCGUUCGUGUUUGUGUGGCUCUACUCGGAGCCCACCUCGGCGAAGACCAAGAAGACGCAGUAAUGUAUCAACACCUGAAAGAUCAAUAAAUGACGUCUU